AUGAAUUUAAGGGAAUAUUUGCAACAAAAUUGUAAUAAUCUAACAUGGAAAAGAAGAAUUAAAAUUGCUGAUGAUAUAAUUUUUGCACUUUCCAAUAUUCACGAAGAGAAAGUAAUUCAUAGGGAUCUGCAUUCUGGAAAUAUAUUAUUUGAUGAAAAUAGUCAAAUAUUUUAUAUUAGUGAUCUUGGGUUUUGUGGACCGGCCGAUGUUCCAUUAGAUGGCACGUAUGGAAAUCUUCCAUAUAUAGCACCAGAAGUUCUUUCUGGAAAAGAAACUACCUUUAAAUCUGAUAUUUAUAGUAUCGGUAUGCUUAUGUGGGAAAUCUCAUCCGGACAACCACCUUUUAUUAAUUUCGAUCAUGAUUUUGAUCUUGCAUUAAAAAUAAUAAAUGGAAUGAGACCAAAAAUAGUACCAGGAACUCCUCCAAAAUAUAAAGAAUUAAUAGAACAAUGUUGGGAUGCUGAUCCGUCAAAAAGACCCGAUAUUUCCCAUCUUGACAAUAAAAUUUUCGAGAUCAACAAAUUGUAUCAUCAAAAUAAUAAUGAUGAACAGUUAGAUGUUUUAAAUAUAAGUGAUGUGAAUAUUAGUAUCUCAGUGAAUUCUUUAAUUAGUAGUUUUAGUAAAAUACACAUUUUUGGAGAAAUGCCAGAACCAAGGAAUUUCACUGAAGGUAAAUUAUUUCAUAUUAUAUAUUAUUAA